AUGGGUUGCUACUUGUGCGACGGCAUAUAUCUGGAGUGGCGUUGCUUCAUCAAGAGUCCACCGAUGGCGACCAAUCCGAAAGAGGCGAGGUUCAAGAAGAUGCAAGAAUCAGCACAGAAGGAUGUCAAACGUGCCUUUGGAGUUCUUCAAGCUCAGUGGGGAAUCAUUCGAAGUCCGACGCGUAAUUGGUACGUAGAGCACCUCAAGGACAUCAUAUUGUGUUGCAUCAUUCUCCACAACAUGAUUGUGGAGCACGAAGGUAAAGGAGCUACCAAUUGGAGAGAUGACGGUGUAGGACACAGGGCGUCUAGUAGUGACUCGACGGAGAGUAGUCGAGCAACCCCGAUUUCCUUCGAGGAAUAUAUGCAAAGAGAUAUUAUUCUCCGAGAUAGACAGAUGCAUGCUAUACUCCAACAUGAUUUGAUGAAGCAUGUUUGGACACAUUUCGGACCUCUAGGACCGGAAUAA